CGGCCGCCCCCCCCCCCCCCCCCACCCUCCUGCCGCGGCUAUGGCGGUGCGCGCGACGGUCUCCCGCUUCCCGGCCACGCUGGAGGCGCUGGAGUCGUGCGCCGUCCAGUGGGGCGUCGCCGUGACGCCCUUCGCCGCCGCCGACGAGCGCGGCCAGCCCCCGACCUCCGGCUCCGGCGGCGACCGCGUCCCGCGCUGCGAGCACUGCUGGGCCUACUUCAGCAGCCACUGCGAUCUGGAGCGCUGGGGCUGGUCCUGCGCGCUCUGCGGCACGCUCAACGGAUUCGACGACGACACCGCGCGCCGGUUCCAGCACCCCGACGCGUGCCCCGAGCUCAACUCCUCUUUCGUCGACCUCGAGAUCCCAGUGGAUGAGGCGGAGGGUGGAGGAGACGGCGUGCGGGCGCGGCCUGUUUAUGUGGCCGCAGUGGAUCUCGCAUGUUCUGAAGAGUUCCUGGAACUCAUCAAGAGUGCGCUUCUGGCUGCCCUAGAAGCUCUUAUUCCGGGCUCCCUAUUUGGGCUUAUGACAUUCAGCCACAAGAUUGGUCUGUAUGAUGUCCAAGGUCCGAUUCCAGUUGUGAAAAAUGUUUUUAUUCCACCGGACAUAGAGGAAGAUGGUCUUCCUGUUGCCCUUGAAGAUGCCAUGCCCCUACUUGCUUUUUUAGCCCCAGUUGACACAUGCAAGGAUCGAAUCACUGCUGCCCUGGAGACACUGCGACCUACAUCUUCAUGGGAGCGAGGUGCUGCUUCGGGGCAGGAGGAGGAUACUGUUUUGCUUGGUGGACGAGGCUUUGGAACAGCCAUGUCUGCUUUAAUUGACUAUCUAAGUUCAGAAUAUGGUUCUACUUUUGCUUUGGCUCGGGUGUUUGCUUUUCUGUCUGGUGCACCUGAUUAUGGAGCUGGUCUGCUAGACACCAGGAGAUAUGGGGAGCAGUAUGCUAGUAAGGGGGUAGAUGCUGACCUUGCAUUGCUCCCUGAACAGAUACCUUUCUACAGAGACCUAGCAGCUGUUGCUGUUCAAGCAGGAGUAUGCAUAGACAUAUUUGCUGUAACUGAUGAGUACACUGAUUUGGCUUCACUGAAGUUUUUGAGUAUUGAAAGUGGUGGAUCAUUAUUUCUCUAUGCAAAUACAGAUGAUUCAACACUUCCCCAAGACAUAUACCGCUUGCUAAGCCGACCCUAUGCAUUUGGCUGUGUUCUAAGACUGAGAACAUCUUCAGAUUUCGAACCAGGCAAUUCUUAUGGGCAUUUCUUCCCUGACCCUCAAUAUGAAAAAGUGCAACACAUCAUCUGCUGUGAUUCAUUUGCCACUUAUGCAUAUGACUUUGACUUUGUUCAUAAUGACGGUUUCUCCAGGCACACAGAUCCUGCUGUUAUACAGAUUGCUUUUCAGUACAGUGUGAUUGAACCUGUUGAGGAAACAUCAGGAGAUGAAUCACAAUCAUCUGCAAGCUACAAGUUUUGUUUAAAGAGGCGGUUGAGAUUAAGAACAUUGCAGUACCGGCCGGCUAGGAAUAUCAGUGAAAUUUAUGACAGUGUAGAUCCAGAGGUUGUGCUGCAUAUCCUUGUUCAUAAGGUUAUUUUAGAGUCCUUGGAUAAAGGGGUUAGAGAAGGAAGACAACAAGUGCAAGCUUGGCUAGCUCUCCUCGCAGCCCGGUAUAAUGAGGCCCUUAGCUCUGAUGCUCGAGCUCCACCAUCGAGCAUCGAUGUUGACUUCUCACAGUGCCCACAGUUGCAAAUGUUACCUCAACUCGUGUUUGCAUUAUUGAGAAGUCCUCUUCUUCGCUUGCAUGAAGAAGGCGUACACCCAGAUUACAGGAUAUAUUUACAAUGUCUUUUCAGUGCACUGGAGCCAUCUUCUCUAGCUAAAGCUAUAUAUCCAGUUUUGAUAUCAUAUUCCUCACCUGACAAGCAAGCAUUCCCACGGCACACUUUGAGCCGUGCUGCUCUAAUAAUGAGCGAGAGCCCAAUAUUCCUCCUGGAUGCUUUUACCAACCUUAUUGUUUACUAUUCACCAACUGCUGAUCCUUCAAUUGCUUUUCCUCCACCCCGAGAUUGUGAGUACAUUAUUUUUGCAUUUUGUUAUGCAUGUUUUGAGCAUAGAAGCACUAGUACUUGUUUAUUUCAACCACCUUUUCUGUUCACAUACCAUGCAGGCCUGUUGAGAACAACGAUUAAUAGAUUGAAGCAGGACAGGUGUAUUACACCAAAGCUUACAUUCAUCCAUGGAGGGAAAGAUGAUUCAACAUUGUUUGAGAGCUACCUUAUUGAAGAGCAAGAUGUUGACGGUCCAGGCUUUACAACUGGUUCAGGGUUUGUAGCCUUCCGCGAGAGCGUCAGGAAUGUUGCAGCAGAGAUCGUCCAGGAAGAAAUUGCAAGCUAGUUUUAGCCAUCCUUCUGGUUCCACUGCGGAUUGGAUGGACAAGGAUGCUUAUAACCUUAAUGUUAUACUCCUGAGUAGUAGCUAACUGUAUGUUACUUAGCCAAAAUAGUGAAAGAUUGUCAAGGAAUAAUAAAAGGAUGCUAAUUGCUUUAGGCAUGAUUAGUCAGAGAAAACUUACCAGUUUUUUAUUUGUCA